UGAUGAUGAUUGCUUGUGUUGCAAUCGAAACGUCGUAUGCUAUUAUUUAAUGUAUUAUUUUUUCUUUAUACGUGACUUUACCGAAAGAACCAAAGAAUAAUUUUUACGUAUUACUGUUUUCAAUGAAGUGCAGUUUCUUCACACUUUAUUUAGAUCAUGCAGAACACUGUAAAGUUGUUUUCGGAAAGGUGUUUGCUUGAGAAAAUAACAUCCGUUAAGGACAUGGACGGCGCUCAAACGGUACUACUGCAUCGUGAUGCGGCAUUCUGCAAUGCUCCAAAGUGAGAACAUUUCGUUGAUGAAGAAGAGUUGACGACUCGAGAUCAUUGCACGCUGCCAACCAAUCAGCACGCGCCCCUUCUUCGCACGUCACGACUCCGCUGACCAGUGAGCGCGCGCUCUGGGCUACAUAAGCCGCCUUCUCCUCCCCGCCUGUGAGAAUCUUUGCCCUCACCAAGCCAUGGCUCGCACCAAGCAGACGGCUCGCAAGUCCACGGGCGGCAAGGCCCCCCGCAAGCAACUCGCCACCAAGGCGGCCCGAAAGAGCGCUCCGGCCACGGGCGGCGUCAAGAAGCCUCACCGCUACAGGCCCGGCACCGUCGCUCUGCGCGAGAUCCGCCGCUACCAGAAGUCCACCGAGCUGCUCAUCCGCAAACUGCCCUUCCAGCGCCUCGUCAGGGAGAUCGCGCAGGACUUCAAGACCGACCUGCGCUUCCAGAGCUCCGCUGUCAUGGCUCUGCAGGAGGCCAGCGAAGCGUACCUUGUCGCGCUCUUCGAGGACACCAACCUGUGCGCCAUCCACGCCAAGCGCGUCACCAUCAUGCCCAAGGACAUUCAGCUCGCCCGCCGCAUUCGUGGCGAGCGCGCUUGAACGCCCAGCUCGGCCCUCAAAGCACAACACAAAGGCUCUUUUCAGAGCCACCACUUACUCGUGAGAAAGCUUCCAUGUGUGUCCUUCAAAGUUCGGGUGCCGGAAACCUUCGUUUGCUGGUCACGGCUCUCACGAGUCGUCAGGCGUAAGCGACAAUGAAGUUCAUUUCUAUACCCCGCCGCUCAUUCUGCAACAUCACACGUUGGUGUUGUGUAUAAGCGUUGUGAAACCAUGUUUACAUAAUGUACAACAAAAGAGUUAUUUUGGUGAAAUGUAUUUUACCUCAGAGUCGCGUGGUGGGUGUGGAGGCCUAGCACCGUGCAGAGCCUCCCGCCUCGCCUGAUUUUGCCACCCGGCUGACGCUGGGUACGGGUGCCGUUUCCCCCCCCCCCCCCCGCGCUACAAUAAUACUGUGUAAUCGCUAUAAUUUAAUAAUCUACCGACCCUAUAAUAGUAAUAGCACACAUUGUGGUGGGGGGGGGGGGAGUAAAGAGGACGUGAAACUUAGAUGAAUUUACCUCAGAGUCGCGUGUUAAUGCGUGCGCCUAUUUUUAACGGGAAUUAAAGAUGGCGUCCACCCCGCAACUGCUAGCCCGUCGCUAGCCGUUGCCAGGGGCAACCGGCG